AUGUGUUCUUGGAGAAGAAAGAUGAGAUUCAAAUUAGUGACGAUUAUUGUUUUAAACAAUUAUAGAUUAUAUUUUUUAUUUGAUUUACAGAAAUGCGAAAUUUUAAAAGAAGCUGUAAAAAAUGACUCAAAGCGCAUGAAAUUGUACGAUACUCAAACAAUUUUGUGAGAUGAAUUGAGAAAAAGCAUGAAGAGAAGUUUAUAG